AUGUGCAGAUUCAUGGUCUACAAAGGCUCAAAGCCCAUCAUUCUUUCAAAACUGAUCACGGAGCCUUCCCAUAGUAUUCUAACUCAGUCUUACGACAGCCGUCUGCGUCUCGACAGCCGGCGCCCUGUCAAUGGGGAUGGCUUCGGGGUAGGCUGGUACACUGAGCCAGAGCUCGGCCCUGAUCCCUGCAUCUUUACUUCGACACUUCCAGCAUGGAACUGUGUUAACCUUGAGAGGAUUGCUCCAAAGACCGCUUCCAGGUUGGUCUUCGCCCAUGUUCGCGCCACGACCGAAGGCUCACUGGCCGAAAACAAUUGUCACCCGUUUCAGCAUAACACUCUGAUGUGGAUGCACAACGGCAACAUCGGAGCCUGGACAUAUGUCAAGCGGCCGUUGGCCGACUGUCUCUCCGACAAGUGGUUUCUCGGUGUCAAAGGCGGUACAGAUUCCGAGUGGGCGUUUGCUUUGUUCCUCGACACCCUGGAACGCGAAGGCGUAGAUCCCAGUGCGGAGCCAGAAGGAGGCUUCGACACCAAGAGCCUUCGUCGCGCAAUGAAGAAGACCAUCGCCAAGAUCAACGAGUUCGUCAAGGCCGUCCCGGCUGAGCACAAGCUGGCGGAUGUAGAGACCAGAAGUCUCCUCAACUUCGCCGUGACAGAUGGGCAUUCUGUUAUCGUGACCCGGUAUGUCAGCAGCAAGACGGACGCUGCAGCCAGCUUGUAUUAUUCAUCAGGCACAGCCUGGGUUGAAGGCAAGACGAAGGGCCAAUUCAAGAUGGAACGGAGGGACAAAGCUUCCGACGUGGUUCUCGUGGCGAGCGAACCGUUAACUUUCGAACGGCACAACUGGCUGUCGGUGCCAACGAACACCAUCGUGACCAUUUGCAGACAGACGGUGUACGUGCGCCCGAUCAAAGAUGAAUACUACGACCCAGACCCGUCAACGGAACGCUCGACUGGCUUCGCUCGAUCGAAAGGCCUGGUAGCGAAGGCUCCGGGCGGUGGCACGCAGACACCAACCCCUGCUGCUACUUCAGUGCCACGAAAUGAGGUUGAGAAACCCAAUGGAGAAUACAUCGUCAAGGAGGACCUGGAAAGAUUCCAAGAGGAAAUGUCAAAGCUGCAGCUGCACAGUGAUCAGAGGAUUAAUGGCAGAGCAGGCGACCAGCUCGUGCUUUAG